CGGCCAUGUUGGAGCGGCGGAGGCGGCGCAGAGGCGCGUCCUGGGUCCCCGCGGCGGCGCCGGUGCUGAGCGCUGGUUUGCGGACACCCAGGCAGAUCUGCAGUGCCUAAUGCCAUGAGCGUGGUGGUGCAGCAUGUGGAGGAGAAAGCUGUGCAUUCUUGGUCGCGCAUCUCCACGGCAGGGAAGAAGGCCCUGGAGGAAGCGCUGCUUGUCUUUAACCCCAUGAGCCAGGAUCUCAGUGCUACAGAGGCCCAGCUUGUAGCGUUCCUACAGGGAUUGCGGGAUGAUGGCUUCCAACCUACCGUCUUGCGCAGUGGUGAUGUCUAUGGCUACAGUUCAUGCACAGCUAAUCCCCCAAGCCAGACAAAGCUACAGGCUCGUGCCCCAACCCCAGCUGCAACAUCACCUCCAGCUCGUGCUCCCCGAACUGCCAUGCGGCUGCCCGCAGGCCGGGCCACGCUGCUUCCCAUGCCACUUUCCAGCAGGCUGGCCAAAGCAUCCACACCAACCCUCGCCAAGCAUGCUACUACCAACCUGCUGCUGAGUUCCCUAAAGCAGUCAAGUGCUAGCCGGGCCCGGGGUGCAGCAAUGGGCUUCCCUGCUCACCUCUAUCCAGGCGUUUACCCUGCCAUGCGGCUCUCUGUUGUCCUGGAGGCCCUGGUUCCACUCAAGACUCCCAUGCCCUGCUUGGGGGCCAAGCACAAGGCGCAGUCAUUGCAACUCUCACUUGCAGACUCUCCCUUGAAGCUGCGGAAGGGUUCAGGGAAUGCCCUGCCCAAGGCUCCCAGAAAAAUGACAAGCAAGGGCCCCAAGUGUCUGAUCCUCAAAGGCCCCAGGGCCGGGCCCCGACGAGGCACUGGGCCCCAGAGCAAGACCUGCAAAGCCGCUGGGUCGCUCAGUGGCCUGCAGGUGAAAGGGGGCUCUGCCUUGGGCACGAAAACAGCCCAGGCCAAGGCAGCUCGAACACUGGCCAAAGCUGCCCGUACCCAGGCCCGGGCUGCUCGAACACUGCCUAAGACUGCCUCAGCCAAGGUGGCUCAGACACAGACCAAGGCAGCCCAGGCCAAGGUGGCCAAGGCCCAGGCCAAAGCCAAGGUGGCACAGGCCAGGGCCAAGGCCAAGGUGGCGCGAAUCAAGGCCAAGGCUAAGGCGGCAAGGAUCAAGGCCAAAGCAGCGCGGGCCAAGGCCAAGGCAGCCCGGGUCAAGGCCAGGGUGGCACGGGCCAAGGCCAAGGCAAAGGUGGCGCGGGCCAAGGCCAAGGCAGUGCGGAUCAAAACCAAGGCCAGGGUGACUCAGACCCAGCCCAGGAGUAGAGGCAGGCCCAAGGGAUCUGUUCAGGCCCAGACUGCAAGGGAGGGCCAGAAAAGCUGCCCUGAGACUAUGGGACAGAAGAGAAAAAGGGCAGAGGAGGCAAAGGAGCUUUCUCCCCGGAAGAGAACACGGCUUGGGCCUCGAUCCCCUAAGGCGUGGCUAGAGUCUGGCACAGCAAAGCUGCUGAAAUUCUGGGCCAUCAAGGUGGACCGCCGGUCUUCGGAUGAUGAGGUGCGGCAGCGGGCUCAGCAGAUCCUCCAUGUGAACCUGUCCCCGGUGAUACAGCUCCAGCCGCUGCUGCCAUACUCAGCACCCUGACUCCUUCACACAGCAGUGUUUGGGGAGACUGAGCUCAGCUGCCU